GCUCCAAAAGAGACAUAACUUUUCAACGUAAUUCGCUGCUUUGCCACUCACACUCACAUCUCUUUCUUUCACUCUCUCACUCCCACUCCCGCCGGAGCUUCAUUUUCCGGCCAAAACCCCCGCCGGCGAGAUCUUUCCGGCAACAUGGUUCACCACCAAAGUUCGCAUCUUUGAAAAAAAAAACCAAACCCAUUUCCGUUUUUCAAUCAAAACACACACACGCACUCUCAAACAUGGAUCUUCUUUUCCUUCUUCGGUGCCUUCUCUUCUUCUUCUUCACUUCGCAUCUCGCAAAUGCCCUCAAUGCCACGUGUCCUGAUGCAUUGUCCCUUCUCAGCUUCAAACGCUUCGUCUCUUCCGACCCUUCAAACCUUCUCGCCGGCUGGACCAACCGCACUUCUCCGACCCUCUGCCGCUGGCGCGGCGUCGCGUGCGGCGGGGCCAUCCUCUCCGGCAGAGUCACCGCCCUCAACCUCACCGGCCUUCGCGGCGGCGAGUUGGCGCCCUCCCUCGGAGACUUGUCCGAGCUCCGGGUCCUGUCCCUCGCCGGGAACAUGUUUUCCGGCGAGAUUCCGGCGAGCUUAGGGAAUCUUCGGUUCCUCGAGGUUCUCGAGCUGCAAGGUAACAACUUCUCCGGGAGAAUCUCCGACAAGAUGAGUUUCACUUUUCUUCGCUGUCUUCGUUUUGUUAACCUCUCUGGAAAUGCCUUCUCUGGUUCGUUGCCGAGUGAAAUGAUUGGCUCUGGGAGUGUAAAAAUCGUUGAUUUAUCGAAUAAUCAGUUCUCUGGGGUGAUUCUGUUGAAUGGUUCUUGUGAUUCCUUGAAGCAUUUGAAGCUGUCUCAUAACUUUUUGACUGGGGAGAUUCCACCCCAAAUUGGGAAAUGUAGAAACUUGAGGACCCUUUUGGUUGAUGGGAACAUUUUGGAAGGUAGAAUCCCUUCUGAGAUUGGGGGUGUUGUUGAGCUUAGGGUUCUAGAUGUUUCUAGAAACUCCCUCACUGGAAGGGUCCCUAAGGAGUUGGCUAAUUGUGUUAAACUUUCUGUGCUUGUGCUUACUGAUUUGUUUGAGGAUCAUAGCGAGGGAGGCUUGGAGGAUGGGUUUAGAGGAGAGUUUAAUGCCUUUGUUGGGAACAUACCUCAUGAAGUGUUGUUGCUUUCGAGUCUAAGGGUUUUGUGGGCACCAAGAGCGAAUCUUGGCGGCCGGUUGCCGAGUGGUUGGUCGGAUUUGUGCUCUCUGAGAGUGCUCAAUUUGGCGCAGAAUUAUGUCACGGGCGUGGUGCCGGAGAGGUUGGGGAUGUGUAGGAAUUUAAGCUUCUUGGACUUGAGUUCUAACAAUUUGGUGGGGUAUUUGCCUACAUUGCAGCUUCAGGUUCCUUGUAUGAUGUACUUCAAUAUCAGCAGGUAUAAUAUAUCUGGCACUCUUGCUGGAUUUAGGAAAGAAAGGUGUCAGGUGAGUGCACUAGAGUUAGAUGGUUUUAAUGAUGAUGCAUACUUUGAUAUUCCUGUUUGGAGCUUUCAGAAGAAUGCUCUCAUUGGAUCGGGUUUUGAAGAGACUAGCACUGUUGUUGUUAGCCAUGAUUUCAGUUGGAACAGUUUUGUGGGAUCCUUGCCUUUGUUCUCUCUUGGAGAUAAUCUUUUUAGUGCAAAUCAUAAGGUCUCCUAUGCACUUUCUCUCAAUAAUAAUAAGUUCAAUGGAACUCUGCCGUAUCAGUUAGUUUCAAACUGUAAUGAACUCAAGACAUUGUCAGUUAACUUGAGUGUGAACCAACUAUCUGGUGGGAAUUCGCAAGCAUCGAUCUUGGGAUGCCUGAAGUUGACAGAUUUUGAAGCAGCAUACAACCAGAUUGAUGGGUCGAUUGGGCCUGGUAUAGGUGACUUGGUGAUGCUUCAGCAUCUUGACUUGAGUGGGAACAAACUAUCUGGAUCACUGCCUAAUCAGUUGGGAAACUUGCAAAACAUGAAAUGGAUGCUUUUGGGAGGAAACAAUCUAACAGGGGUAAUUCCUUCCCAACUUAGUCAAUUGACUUCCCUUGCUGUUUUGAAUCUUUCUCACAAUGCUCUAGUUGGAACAAUUCCCACAAGUUUGUCUAAUGCCAAAAGUCUUGAAAUUCUGUUGCUAGAUCACAACAACCUCUCUGGGGAAAUACCUUUAUCUUUUUCUACUCUUUCCAAUCUUGUUCAACUGGAUGUUUCUUUUAACAAUCUUUCUGGUCAUAUUCCUCAUCUUCAACACCACAAUUGUGAUUCCUAUAAAGGAAAUGAACACCUGCACUCUUGUCCCGAUCCGUAUUCUGACUCACCCGCUUCUCUUCCAGAACCCCUUGAAAUCCAGCAUACUCAUAAACAAAGGAAGUUUAGGACAUUAGUUAUUGCUGUGGUCACUUCUGCUUCUGUGACUCUCUGCACACUUUUGGGAAUAGUAUUGGUGAUCUUCUCUGGAAGGAGUAAAUUCGGUCGGCUUAGCAGUAUUCGAAGGCGGCAGGUAGUGACCUUUCAAGAUGUUCCAACUGAAUUGAGUUACGACAGUGUGGCCAUGGCUACCGGAAAUUUCAGCAUCCGGUUUCUAAUUGGCACUGGUGGCUUUGGGUCAACGUACAAGGCGGAACUGUCCCCAGGUUUUCUCGUUGCCAUAAAGAGGUUGUCCAUAGGUAGAUUUCAAGGGAUUCAACAGUUUGAAACAGAAAUUAGGACAUUAGGGAGAAUUCGGCACAAGAAUCUUGUGACACUUAUUGGCUACUAUGUAGGAAAGGCUGAAAUGUUCUUAAUUUACAACUACCUUUCUGGGGGGAACCUUGAAGCUUUCAUACACGACAGGUCAGGGAAAAAUGUGCAGUGGCCAGUUAUUUACAAAAUAGCAAAAGACAUAGCAGAGGCUCUUGCUUACCUUCAUUACUCUUGCGUUCCUCGCAUUGUUCAUAGGGAUAUUAAACCUAGCAACAUCUUACUUGAUGAAGAUCUUAAUGCCUACAUAUCAGAUUUUGGCUUGGCGCGGCUGCUGGAGGUAUCAGAAACUCAUGCCACCACUGAUGUGGCAGGCACAUUUGGUUACGUCGCGCCGGAAUAUGCCACCACUUGCAGGGUUUCUGACAAAGCAGAUGUUUACAGUUUUGGUGUAGUGUUGUUAGAGUUGAUGUCGGGAAGAAAGUCACUUGAUCCAUCGUUUUCUGAAUAUGGAAAUGGAUUCAAUAUUGUUCCAUGGGCAGAACUGCUAAUGACCGAAGGCCGGUGUUCCGAGCUAUUUUCAUCUACUUUGUGGGAAUCGGGGCCUAAGGAAAAACUGUUGGGGCUUUUAAAGCUCGCAUUAACAUGCACAGAAGAGACUCUUUCUAUUCGACCAUCAAUGAAACAAGUUCUUGAGAAAUUGAAACAGUUGAAAAGUUGAAGAUUUUCUGUAAAUCAUGCUGAACAGUAAUGGAAUGCUGCUUUUGUUUGCUUGAAAAUCCUUGACUGAGGUGACUUGCAAAAUGUUCCAGGUUCAGAAACUGCAAAGCUCUUAUCAUGAUUAGUUGUUUAUUGCCACUUGGAAUCUCAUCACAGUGGCACACACGUAUAAGCUGUUCCUGCUACUACAAAGCCGAUGUUUCCCUCCACAUUUGUGCAAGCAAUUUUCACUGAAAUGUGAAGUAAUGGCUAGAUUGAUGUUUGUGAAUAACAUCAUCCAUUUCAUUUGCAUCAUCUGUGCCUGCCAUUAAGAUUCUUGACAUUUUGGAUGGUUUCCUUGCGUGACCGCAUGGGACCUAUGGAAGAUCCAAAGUUCUUUAAUGACAUAGAGGGAUGAAGCAAUUGUCAUCAUUCUUCAAAGAAAUGCCAAAAAUGCAAGUCACUUCUCUGUCUAAUUCUACCGAAAGGUGUAAAUAUUUAGUCAUUCAUAUUGACGUAAAACCUAUUACUAUUACGAUGCUUUGAUUUUUUGUUCCAUGUAAAUAGAAAGAAGGGUAGAAAAACAAUUUUCCAAUUCCAUCAUUUUUGCUUUGGCAUAUGACUGAAAUGAAAAGUUGCUGUUACUGUGA